AUGGUCGUCUUGCCCGCUCAUAUUUUACUUUCAAUACUUGGGACAGUCAGCGUGUUUUCGGAACAAGUAAGAAAAAAAAUUUUUGAAACGUAUUUUACAACUAUGUAUAGAUAAAAAAGUUUUGAGAUAAAAAUCAGUCGACAUUUUUUCGAAGUUACCUCAAUUUGACGUAUUAUUUACAAUUUUAUUAUCAUUAUUUAUGCCUGAUUUUUGACUGUUUUUACAGCUGAUAGAUUAUAGAAAAUUAGGAGAGACGGGCAGAGAACUUAUUUUUUCCCGUUUCUUCACAAAUUUAGAGUCAAAAAAUGAUGACUUAACCAAAAAAUUUUAAAAAAAUCGUUGGAAUUACUGAGAAAUAAACAAAAAUUUUACUGUAAAAGCCCUUAUUGAUGACAUUUUUUUCAAUUUUUCUCUUUCAGACCUCAGCCUUCGACGAUGACAUCAGCUACGAAGAGACGCGAUACAAACGUCGCGAGCGCUGGCGGGAGCAACAUCCACAGAUCCGAAAUGGUCCUUAUGGCCGUGCGUUUUGGUGUUUGUCUUUUCCCGUAACAGUGGUGGUUGUGGUCGUGAAAUUAACAUCAAGAUUAUAA